UCUCGCUCUGUCACCCAGGCUGGAGUGCAAUGGUGAGAUCUCAGCUCACUGCAACCUCUGCCUCCUGGGUUCAAGUGAUUCUCCUGCCUCAGCCUCCUGAGUAGCUGGGAUUACAGGCGUGUGCCACCAUACCUGGCUAAUUUUUGUAUUCUUUAGUAGAGAUGGGGUUUCACCAUGUUGGUCAUGCUGGUCUUGAACUCCUGACCUCUUGAUCUGCCUGCCUCGGCCUCCCAAAGUGCUGGAUUACAGGCGUGAGCCACCAUGCCCAGUCCCCUGCACUUUCUUAUCUAUCACCUUUGUUAUCUACUGCUCUGAUAAACAAAGAAUCAAGCCUCUCAAACAAAGCAGUUGUAUCUAGGGACCAACAAGCUUUUCCUCUGCAGGUAUAAAGUUGGGACUAGGAUUCUAUUAUAACAGAUGGUAAUCACAGACAUGAAAUCCUAUUUUCUAUAAAUUUAAUAAGCUUGUGUUAAAUUAUAUUAGGUAAACUUUAGUGCAAAAAGAGCACUUGCAAUCAUUUAGUAUUUAUUAUUACUCUUGUAGCAUAUCAAGCACACAUUCACGGAAUCUGCCUGUACGUCAAGCAUUAUAUUAUUUGCAAAAUUCAUAACUAAAAAGGUAUUUACAUAUCAUUUAAAAGCAUCUCAAAAAUCAAUGCACAUACAUGAACACAUAUCUGACACAAAAACAUAGAAAAUGAGUAAACUCAAAGAAAAUUAUAGUCAUGAAGCUUGGGAUAAUUUCAAACUCUCUAAAUAGAAAUGCUAGUGUGCUUUGGUAGUCAAGCUGAAUAUGCCACUAUUUUACUUGACCUUGACUGCUAUAAUAACUAACGCUAUUUUUUAGAUUAAUUUGUGUAUUGAUAAUAAAUCUAUUACUGAGAUGAUGUUGCAUGAAUCAAACAUCUUUCCUACUGAAGUGUAUAUUGUUAAAUUGUACACUAGAAUUCCUUUCUACCUAUUGACAGCAUUCCAGAUAUGCUACCCCAAAAUAAGGCACCUUGGCAUUUGAGAAAACAGCAGAAACAGGAAGUUCUCUGUUGUCCUCCCCUGAAGCAGGCCAUAAAACUUAUUAGAAAAGUCAUUUUCUGACCUUCUCCCUCCUUUCUCCCUGAACACCCUCAUGUGACAGGUGUCCUACCCUCUACCAGAAAAGAAGGAAUGUCACACAGGGACACAAAGAAGAAUCUAAACAAACAGGCCUUGCUAAAUCUCCCCUGACCCAGUUGAUGACCAUUAGAUCACGCCCUUUUGUCCUCCCAUCACACUUCUGCGCAACUCUUUAUAAAAACACACAGUUUUCCUGUUUCUUGGGUCUUCAAUUUUGAAGGCCUUGUGUCACAUAAAACAUAACAAAUACAUUUGUAUGAAAUAAUUUAAAAUUUAUUAAAUAGACUUGUGUCUUGUUAAACUAUCUUUUUUAUAGGAGUCUCAGCCAUGAACCUAGCAACCGGUGAGGAGAAAUAUUGCUUUUCUCCCCUCCACUAUUCUACACUUAAAGCUUAGUGAUUGCAAAAACUAAUAUUGACACUCAAAAGCAAUAUUUAUUAAAAAUACAUUCAUCAUAUGCAGAAUGACGCUAACAUAUUUAUAUCAUGUCUUUGCCCUGCAGAACAAAGAUGAUAUUUGAUUGUUUCAUGAAUCAUAAGAGAGGUUUGAAAUUGGGGAUUUUUUUUUGUUUAUGAACCAAUUUGGAUAAAUCCUGUUUAAUAACUGUUAAUCCACAUUUAACACAACUCUUGCAAGAAAAGAAUCUUACUUCUUGCUGAGAAAGUUGCUCUUCCUUUCCUGACCUUCUGUAAUUUGGCCACAGUUUGAUUCAUGCUUGUUUUUCUGUUCUCCCCUCUUGUGUACUCUAUAAUCCAAACAAAUCAAAAUGCUCUGCAUUUCUGCCUUCAUCAACCUGAGUUUUCUGAUGAAAAGACCUCCCCUUAACUGGACAAACACAUUUAAAAAACUGUAACAGGUCAUACAAAAGGAAGAAAUAUAAUUAUUCCUUAACAUGUUAAAAUGAUUUCACUAGUAAACAAGUAAAAAUGAAAGCAUGAAGAAAAUUGCAUUUUUUAACCUAUUAAAUUGCAUAGAGACAGAUGGAUAGACAUUCCUUUGCUGACAAUAUUGAGGUGAAUCUGGAAACUUCAUGUACGGCUGGAAAAAGAAUUAAUUAUCUUGCCUUUGCCAAAUAAAUUGGCAUCAUAUAUUAACAGUUGUAAAAAUGUUCAGAGGCAUAGAUCUCAUAAUCCCACAUUUAUAAACUUAUCCUAAAUAAAGAAACCAAAGAAGGAGGAAUAAAUCUUAUCUGUAAAGAUAUGUUUUUCUAAUAUCAUAACUUAAUGUCAAAUAAUAGUGAAUAAACUAAUUAAAUUAUGUUAAGUAGAAUAUUAUGUUGCAACCAAAAAAGAUGACAAUUAUGAGGACGGAUGUGGCGACAAAGGAAAGUACUUUUAAUAAGUAAGUUGAAAAGUUAAAAAAAACUAUGUAUAACAACAUGACUAUCACUGUAUAAAACAUGUAUAGUAGGGGGAGGGAUAGCAUUAGGAGAUAUACCUAAUGCUAAAUGACGAGUUAAUGGGUGCCGCACACCAACAUGGCACACGUAUACAUAUGUAACAAGCCUGCACAUUGUGCACAUGUACCCUAAAACUUAAAGUAUAUUUUAAAAAAACUCAUAGAUAAUCCAGAUAUUGGAGUUAAUAGAUAGGGCAUCAUAAUAUCUAUGAUCAAUAUAAAGGAAAGAAAGAAAAAAUGAAAGACAGGUUGUGUCAGAUUUCUUUCUGGCACCUCUAAAAUGCUCACUUUAUUUUCAUAGAUUCUAAUUUCCUAAAUUAUGAUUGAUGUUUCAAGCAAAAAUCACAGCAUUGUCUAGUGUUAUUCUAAAUGUAUGUAAGACAAUUAUACUACAAAUUUGAGAGGGUAAAGAGACAUAAUAUGACAGAGGGUUGCUACACUUCACUCAGACUGGACUAAAGAUGAUACCAGUUGACUGUGAUAAUGUAUAUAUAAAGGAAUAUACACUAAGCUAUAAAAUGCAACCACUAAGCUAUAAAAUGCAACCAAAAAAACUAUAAAAAAGAAGAUACACUAUAAACACUAUGAAUAACAAAAUGGAAUUCUAAAAGAAAUGUUCAAGUGACCCACAGGAAGUCAUCAAAAAUAAGCAGAGAAACAAGAAUUGAUACAGAAAACAACAAAUGUCAGGCUUAUGCACUAAAGUAUCAACAAUUAGUUUAAUUAUGAAUGAUCUACCAAGAGACAGAUAAUAGAAGAGUGUAUUUAAAACUAUGACCCUUUCUUAUAUGUUUCUUGUGUGCUGUGUACAAGAAACUCACUUGAAAUUUCCCAAUACAGGGCAGGCCAAAUUAAAAGGAUGAAAAAAGAUAUAUUACACAAACAUUAAUGAAAGGAAAGCAACAGUGCCUGUAUGUAUAUCAGAUAAAGCAAUGAAAAUUACCAGAAACAGAGAGAUUAUAUAAUGAUCAAAGGUUUAAUCUAUGAAGAAGACAGCAAUUUUAAAAGUGUAUUCACCAAAAAAUAGAGCUUCAAAAUAUGUGAUGUGAAAACUGCCAGAACUAAGGCGGGUCGGGCUCAGACCAGCGCUGCCUCAGGAUGUAAAGUGUAACAGGGGGGCCGGGGGAGGGUGCGGGGGGCAGCAUGGGCCUGUGAGGCCUGUGGGUGCCCGCAUUCCCCAGCUCUCUCCGCAGCCGGCUCCGCAGUGGUCCGCUCCGGUUGGUUGCCGCGUGCGGAUUCGGGUUCCAGACCCAAGGCUGCGUGUUCUCCACCGCUUGUGGCCAGUGUUACUGUGGUGACCGCCAGAGCAGCUUGGUGCUAUGGAGGAGCCCGGCGCUACCCCUCGGCCCUACUUGGGGCUGGUCUUGGAGGAGCUACGCAGAAUUGUGGCAGCACUACCUGAGAGUAUGAGACAAGAUUCGAAUCCUUAUGGUUUUCCAUGCGAACUGGUGGUAUGUGCAGCUGUUGUUGGAUUUUUUGUUGUUCUCCUUUUUUUGUGGAGAAGUUUUAGAUCGGUUAGGAGUCGGCUUUAUGUGGGAAGAGAGAAAAAACUUGGUGAAAUGCUUUCUGGACUAAUUGAAGAAAAAUGUAAACUACUUGAAAAAUUUAGCCUUAUUCAAAAAGAGUAUGAAGGCUAUGAAGUACAGUCAUCUUUAGAGGAUGCCAGCUUUGAGAAGGCGGCAGCAGAAGCACGAAGUUUGGAGGCAACCCGUGAAAAGCUGAACAGGUCCAAUUCUGAACUUGAGGAUGAAAUCCUCUGUCUAGAAAUAGAGUUAAAAGAAGAGAAAUCUAAACAUUCUCAACAAGAUGAACUGAUGGUGGAUAUUUCAAAAAGGAUACAAUCUCUAGAAGAUGAGUCAAAAUCCCUCAAAUCACAAAUAGCUGAAGCCAAAAUCAUCUGCAAGAUUCUUCCAAUGACUGAAGAACGACGGGCGAUAGCAAUAAAAGAUGCUUUGAGUGAAAAUUCUCAACUUCAGGAAAGCCAGAAACAGCUUUUGCAAGAAGCUGAAGUAUGGAAAGAACAAGUGACUGAACUUAAUAAACAGAAAAUAACAUUUGAAGACUCCAAAGUAUAUGCAGAACAAGUUCUAAAUGAUAAAGAAAAUCACAUCAAGACUCUGACUGGACACUUGCUAAAGAUGAAAGAUCAGGCUGCUAUGCUUGAGGAAGACACAACGGAUGAUGAUAACUUGGAAUUAGAAGUGAACAGUCAAUUGGAAAAUGGUGCUUACUUAGAUGAUCCUCCCAAAGGAGCUUUGAAGAAACUGAUUCAUGCUGCUAAGUUAAAUGUUUCUUUAAAAGCCUUAGAAGGAGAAAGAAACCACAUUAUUAUUCAGUUAUCUGAAGUGGACAAAACAAGAGAGCUUACAGAGCAUAUUAAAAAUCUUCAGACUCAACAAGCAUCUUUGCAGUCAGAAAACAUAUAUUUUGAAAGUGAGAAUCAGAAGCUUCAACAGAAACUUAAAAUAAUGACUGAACUAUAUCAAGAAAAUGAAAUGACACUCCACAGGAAAUUGACAAUAGAGGAAAAUUACCGGAUAGAGGAAGAGAAGCUUUCUAAAGUGGAAGAAAAGAUCAGCCAUGUCACUGAAGAGCUGGAGACCUAUAGAAAGCUAGCCAAAGAUCUUGAAGAAGAAUUGGAGAGAACUGUUCAUUUUUAUCAAAAGCAGGUUAUUUCCUACGAGAAAAAAGGACAUGAUAAUUGGUUGGCAGCUCGGACUGCUGAAAGAAACCUCAAUGAUUUAAGGAAAGAAAAUGCUCACAACAAACAAAAAUUAACUGAAACAGAGUUUAAAUUUGAACUUUUAGAAAAAGAUCCUAAUGCACCUGAUGUUUCAAAUACAGCAUUUGGCAGAGAGCGUUCGCCAUAUGGUCCCUCACCAUUGGGUCAGCCUUCAUCUGAAACGAGAGCUUUUCUCUCUCCUCAAACUUUGUUGGAGGAUCCACUCAGACUCUCACCUGUGCUUUCAGGGGGAGGAGGAAGCCCAAGCAGCCCAGGGAACCCUCUGGACCAUCAGAUCACCAAUAAAAGAGGAGAACCAAGCUGUGAUAGGUCAACUGAUGCUCACAGGGCUCCUUCUGACACUGGGUCCCUCUCAUCUCCAUGGGAACAGGACCGUAGGAUGAUGUUUCCUCCACCAGGACAAUCAUAUCCUGAUUCAGCUCUUCCUCCACAAAGGGAAGACAGAUUUUAUUCUAAUUGUGAUGGACUGUCUGGACCAGCAGAACUCAGAAGUUUUAAUAUGCCUUGUUUGGAUAAAAUGGAUGGGUCAAUGCCUUCAGAAAUGGAAUCCACUAGAAAUGAUGCCAAAGAUGAUCCUGGUAGUUUAAAUGCACCUGAUUCAUCUCUCCCUGCUGAAAAUGAAGCAACUAGCCCUGGCUUUAUUCCUCCACGUCUUGCUGCAAUCAGUGGUCCAUUGUUUCCAGUGGAUACAAGGGGCCUGUUCACGAGAAGAGGACCUCCUUUCCCCCAACCUCCUCCAGGAACCAUGUUUGGAGCUUCACGAGGUUAUUUUCUAUCAAGGGAUUUCCCAGGUCCACCACAUGCUCCAUUUGCAAUGAGAAACAUCUAUCCACCGAGGGGUUUACCUCCUUACUUUCAUCCAAGCCCUGGAUUUUACCCCAACCCCACAUUCUGAAGGUAGAAGCAAGUUCCCUUGAGGGUUGAUUCCACCUUCAAAGGAGCCUGCUACUGAACAUCCAGAACCACAGCAAGAAAUCUGACAAUAUUUUUGCUUUCUUCAAAAGCAAUUUUGACUGAUCUCAUUUUCAGUUUAAGUAACUGCUGUUACUUAAGUGAUUACACUUUUCUCAAACUGAAGUUUAAUGGAAUUACAGUUCUCAGGAUAGUAUUUUGUAAAUAAAGAUGGUUUAAAUAUGAAAAAAACAAAAACAAAAUGUAU